AUGAAUGAAGAUAACCACAAAAACGAUUCUCUUGUCGAAGAAUUUACACAUUCUAAGAGGUUCACGCAGGGUGGGGGACAUAAGAGGACAAAUUUAGAUGCAUUGCUUGAUGCUAUAGACGAAAGUGAAGGGCAUCUAAAUGGUGUUGAUGAUGGUAUGGACCAAAGUGGAGGGCAAGAAGGUGGUGUUGGUGAUGUUAUAGACCAAAGUGGAGGACAUGUAGAUGGUGUUGAUGAUGCUAUGGAUCAAAUUGAAGGGCAGAAAGAUGGUGUUGUUGGCGAUGCUAUCGACCAAAGUGAAAGGCAAAUGAAUGAUGUUGAUGAUGCUAUGGAACAAAGUGGAGGACAUUCAUAUGGUGUUGAUGAUGCUAUGGACCAAAAUGGAGGGCAUGAAGAAAGUGUUGGUGAUGUUGUAGACCAAAGUGAAGGGCGCAUGGAUGGUAUUGAUGGUGCUAUAGACCAAAAUGAAGGGCAAGUGCAUGGUGUUGGCCUAAAUGAACUCCAAGCUAAAGUUCACAAGGGUGAAGAAGGGGUGAAGACCACAACAACAACAACCUUGGAAGCUCCGAAUGAUGUUCCAGCUGCUGAUGAUACUGAUGAAGAAAUUGAAGAGCGUGGAAAUGAUUCUUUUGCUGAAAAGGAACAUUCCCAGGAGGAAAAAGAGGUAUCAGAUUAUGAAGAUGAAAAAGAAGAAGAUGAUGAAGAUGAAUCAGAUGAAGAAAAUGGAGUUGCUGAUCUUGAAGGUCUAUCUCUUGAUGAUGGCUUCUUUGAAGUUGAAGCUAUUCGUCGCAAGAGAUACCGCAAGGGGAAGUUGGAGUACUUUGUGAAAUGGUCGGGAUGGGAGGAGUCAGCAAAUACUUGGGAGCCUCGAGAUAAUUUGGUUGCUCUUCCUGAUAUUGUUCGAGCUUUUGAGGAAGGCUUGACAUCGACACCGCAUCAGAAGCGCAAGCGCAAACAAUCUAGUAAUAGCGCUCCAGUCAAGAAAAGGGUGGAGCGUUCUGCCACUCCUUACAGCCUUAGAAGCAUAAAAACUGGUUCAACUAGCACCAACGAUUCAAAGGCGGCUAACAGUAAUUCACAGCCCGCCGCCUCUCUCAACGAACAACACAGUAUUCCCGACAUUCCUGCAUUUCCUCAGACCGUGCUGUUUGCUGACAGAGUAGAAAAUUACGGAGAUGGAAGCAGUCUUGAAAAAGUCAAUCAUGCUAAUGAUGAUAUGUCUGUGGAUCCUCCACAAGAUGUUCCUCAAAAUAAUGAGGAAAACGAGUCUGAUCCUAAGCUUACUCCAAACAUUGAAGAAAACGAGUCUGAUCCUAAGCUUACUCCAAACAUAGAAGAAAACAAGUCAGAUUCUAAGCUUACUCCAAACAUCGAAGAAAACAAGUCGGAUCCUAAGCUUACUCCAAACAUUGAAGAAAACAAGUCUGAUCCAGAGCUUACUCGAAGCAUUGAAGAAAACAAGUCUGGUCCUAAGCUUACUCGAAAAAAUAAGGCAAACAAAUCUGAUCCUAAGCUUACUCCAAACAUUGAAGAAAACAAGCCGGGUCCUAGGCUUACUCGAAAAAAUAAGGCAAGUAAGUCUGAUCCUAAGCCUACUCCAAACAUUGAAGAAAACAAGUCGGGUCCUAGGCUUACUCGAAAAAAUAAGGCAAAUAAAUCUGAUCCUAAGCCUACUCCUAACAUUGAAGAAAACAAGUCAGGUCCUAGGCUUACUCGGAAAAAUAAGGCAAACAAGUCGGAUCCUAAGCUUACUCCAAACAUUGAAGAAAAAGAGUCUGAUCCUAAGCUUACUCCAACAAAUAUUGAAGAAAAAGAGUCUGAUCCUAAGCUUACUCCAAACAUCGAAGAAGACAAGUCGGGUCCUAAGCUUACUCCAAACAUUGAAGAAAAACAGUCUGAUCCUAAGCUUACUCCAAAUAUUGAAGAAAAAGAGUCUGAUCCUAAGCUUACUCCAAACAUCGAAGAAAACAAGUCGGGUCCUAAGCUUACUCCAAACAUUGAAGAAAAACAGUCUGAUCCUAAGCUUACUCCAAACAUUGAAGAAAAAGAGUCUGAUUCUAAGCUUACUCUAAAUAUAGAAGAAAACAGGUCCAAUCCUAAGCUUACUCCAAACAUUGAAGAAAACGACUCUGAUCCUAAGCUUAUUCCAAACAAGGAGGAAAACAAGGUUGAUCCUAAGCUUACUCCAAAUAUUGAAGAAAACGAGUAUGAUCCUAAGCUAACUCCAAACAAGGAAGAAAGCAAGUCUGAUCCUAAGCUUAGCAAUAUACAGUUUGAAGAAGCCGUGACUCCUCCAGUAAAAACUCACAUGAUUGAACAACCAACUGCGGUUUCCACAGAAGGGAUUACUUCAAAAAAUUCAGGUAGCGCAGAACCGGUUCAAACUGGCUCCGGACGGUUAGGAACCAGACGGAGAAAAACUACUGCUGUGAAGAGGUUCACCAGAACUUCAAUUGCUCGAAAGGUACCCGAGGGUACAGCUGAACCAGCACAAACAGGAGCUACUGAUAUUGCGGCUCCUAGUAGUCACACAGCGGCAGAACCUGUGAGACCGGGGUCUGAUAUUGUUGAGAUUGAGAAGCCGGUAGGCUAUUCAGCUGCAGAAGCCAGCACCAAGCAGGAAGCUUCGGUGACCUUCAAGGUUAAAAGGUCGGAUGGAUCAGAAGUUAUGGUCGAUAAUAACUAUCUAAAAACAAACAAUCCGAUUCUUCUGAUUGAUUACUAUGAGCAGCAUAUGCAGUACAGUCUGAAACCGUCGUGA